CCACACGUACGUACUGUACGUACGCUUCCCCGCCCGUCUCCCCCACCGCUUCCAGGCAACAUAUAUAUCUGAUUCGAGAGCAGGCGGAGUUGCGGAUUAGCUGCUGGUCCGAUCCAGAAGCUCCUAGACGAUGAUGGACGUGGAGUACCACGAGGAGUACGUGAGGAACGCGAGGGGCGUGCAGCUCUUCACCUGCGUCUGGCUGCCGGCGCCGUCCUCCGCGCCCACCAAAGCGCUCGUCUUCCUCUGCCAUGGCUACGGGAUGGAGUGCAGCGACUUCAUGAGAGCAUGUGGGAUGAAGCUGGCCACAGCAGGGUAUGGCGUGUUUGGUAUCGAUUAUGAGGGCCACGGCAAGUCCAUGGGUGCCAGGUGCUACAUCCACAAGUUUGAGAGCCUCGUGGCCGACUGCGACAUGUUCUUCAAGUCCAUCUGUGACAUGGAGGGAUACAGGAACAAGAGCCGGUUUCUAUACGGCGAGUCCAUGGGCGGAGCCGUGGCUCUACUGCUGCACAGGAAGGAUCCGACCUUCUGGGACGGUGCAGUUCUUGUGGCGCCAAUGUGCAAGAUAUCGGAGAAAGUGAAGCCGCACCCGGUGGUGGUCACCCUGCUAACUCAGGUGGAGGAGAUCAUCCCCAAGUGGAAGAUCGUCCCCACCAAGGACGUCAUCGACUCCGCAUUCAAGGACCCCGUCAAGCGCGAGAAGAUCAGGAAGAACACGCUCAUCUACCAGGACAAGCCCCGGCUGAAGACGGCGCUGGAGCUUCUCAGGACCAGCAUGGAUGUGGAAGACAGUCUGUCAGAGGUGAGGAUGCCGUUCCUCGUCCUGCACGGCGAGGCCGACGCGGUGACCGACCCCGAGGUCAGCCGCGCCCUCUACGAGCGCGCGGCCAGCGCCGACAAGACCAUGAAGCUCUACCCGGGGAUGUGGCACGGCCUCACCGCCGGCGAGCCUGACGACAACGUGGAGCUGGUGUUCUCCGACAUCGUCUCGUGGCUCGACAAGCGCAGUCGCCACUGGGAACCCGACGAGCGGGUGAGAAGGGCUCCGCCGGAGCCUGAGAACAAGCGCCGCGUCACCAGCAGCAGCAGUCAACGGCCCGGCAGCUUCCUCUGCGGACUAGGCUGCCGCUGCCGGCAACACCAGCAACAGUGUAGUAGGAUGUAGAUAUGGAAAACGCUUGCUUUUUCCUCCUCCUUUAAGUUGUUGACAAAGAACUGAGAAAAGUCAUGGUCUCAACAAAGAUCUUGUUCCAUCCU